AUGGCUCCCCCCAGGUUAUUCCAGAAUGACCCCAUAGACAGCUCUGGAACUAAACUAGCAUCCAUACUUAGAACAGUAGAAAGCUCGUCAAGAAGAACAAACCUGUUGACACCAGUAACAAAACGAGGAGUGAAAAGACGAAGUUUGAUAGCCCUGCACACACAUGAGCGUGGAUCUAUAGAGAAUGAUAGACGAGAAUCGGUAUUUUUCAGUACACCAGCUCGAGUCAACAAGAAACGUCCAAGCCCUGGACCUUCCUUCAUCAAGGCUCGUCCCCAAUUGCAUACCCAUACUGCAGCAUUAACCAAUACAUCGUCUUCUUUUAUGCCAUCAUCUUCAUCCGUGGCCGGACCACAACAACAAUCGUUGAGAUCUACCCCUGCAUUGUCAUCAAGGGCAAGUGCAGCACAAGCGCCCUUAGGAGGAGGGUCAUCCUUGGUCACGCCAUCGUCACAACAAUCUCUUGCCCAACGUGACCCGCGACCUUUGCGAGAUCGGAAAUACCAGGAAUUAAUCCAGGCUGAAAUACAUUCAUUCUUGACUGAAAAUAGAUUUGAACUUGAACCAAGCAUUAAAUUAACCGAAUCAACAUUGAAAACUCCAACUCAAAAGGAAUUUACCGGGAUUUUUUCAUUUUUGGUAAAAAUGCAGAAUCCUAGUUUUAAAUUGGGCAAAGCACCCGAUACAGAAAUAUACACUGCAUUGAAAGUAAUGAAUUAUCCUUAUUUAGAUUCAAUCAGCCGAUCCCAGAUUGGGGCAGUUGGUGGACAAAAUUGGCCCACGUUUCUCGGAGUUUUAUAUUGGCUUGUCACUGUGAAUUUGAAAUUGUUGAGAAUAACUGAAGAAGACGAAACUCCUGAAGAUGAAGAUCGUCUUCAUGACGAAUACCAUGCUUAUAUUUCUAGUAAAUAUGCCCGAUAUUUAGCUGGGCGAGACAAUGAGAAUGAUGAAAUAGAGUUGCAAGAGAAAUUGGAUCGAAUGAAAGUAUCUGCUGAAGAACAAUUGCAAGAAUAUAGUCACAACAAAAAUGCAAUCGAAGAAGCAGUUGUCCAUUUGGAAGCAGAUGGAAAAAUAAUCGAAACUGCAGUAAAGAAAAGCGAGGACUUGUAUCAGGAUUUUGAUGCCUUGAAAAAUUAUAUUGAAUCUCGGAAAAAUUCCAAACCUAAAUACGACGAAAUCUUGGCUAAUCUUAAACAAGCAGCUGAAAACGAAAGUAGAUUACUUGAAGAAGCACGGGUGAAAGUUGUUGAAUUACAAGCACAAUUGGAGCAGUUGGGAAUUUCACAAGAAUUUAUCCAGGGGCUUCGAGAUAAUAGAGAUCAAGCAGAUAAGGAAUUUGCUGAUGCCGAAGAACAAUAUAUGAAACUCAGGGAAGAUCUGAUUACAGCCCAUGAACACUUUGCUCGUGAUAUUGACCGAUUGAAACAAAGUGUUCGUGAUUUGAACAGUUUAUCUCAAUUAUUUAAUCCUGAUUUCCAACUUGAAUUGAAUAAGGAUAUAAAAACGUCCAACACCUUUACACGAGCUCUUAAACCGGACGAAAUAUUAACCCGUAAAACAAGUGAAGUCAAGAUCGAGUUUGUUCUGCUUAAGUCCAGAUUAACUUCUUUGCAUGGAGAAUAUAGAGAUACACUGGAUCAGUUAAAAACAGAAAGAGAUAAGAUUACCGAUGUUAUAAGCUUGUUGGAGAGUAAACGUGAUGAAGCUCGACGUAAAGUUGACGCCUUGCAACGUGAAUAUGAUAGAGAAUAUGCGUCAAUGCAGCAGAAACAGGCUGAAAACAAGGUUGAAAUAGCCAGACUAGAAACAGAUUUAGUAACCAGACAAAGCGAUGCCAGAAAUUCAUUAUUAAACUUGGAGAAGGCUAACAAAGAUGCUCGAGAAAAACACAAUAAAAUUGUUGCUGAUAUUUCAAGCAAAAGAUCAAUUUUGAAUUCAGUACGGUCAGAAGCGGGAGCAAUUGCAUUGAAAGUUCAAACAAAUACCCAAGAAAACUUGUUGCGGUUGGACGAUAAAGUCCAGGAAGAACUGAUAGUUGAGCUGGAUCUUCGCAACGAACUCAACUGA